AACGACGGCCAACGACUUGGCCAGCUGGCCGACUAAUGUACGCAAGUCAGCGGCCGUUCAUCUUUGAGGUUUUGCCAAAAUGUAUACGAAUGAUGACGAGCUGUGUGCGCAUCAUCCCGCUUCAUGUCAGUGAGCGAUAUGACAGCGACGCCGGCGCUCGAAGUCAAUCGCACGGCAGUCGAAUGGAGCCGCAUUUAUGGACGCUAUCUGGUUGCCAGCGAGCCAGUGCAGCGCGGCGAGCUGUUGGUGCAGGAGCAACCCCUUGCCAUUGGCCCCAAGUGCAAUGGAUAUGUUCUAUGCCUCGCCUGCUAUCGUCCAGAUGUCCAGGAGCGCUGCUCCCUUUGUGGCUGGCCGCUGUGCAGCAUAUGUAAUGGAAAUGCGACAAACCCACAUCUGGAGCUGGAGUGCUCCGUGCUGCAGUUGGGCAAAGCACGUUUCUAUGAGAUGCCCGCCGGCAGCCUGCACUGGCCCCAGCUGGACUGCAUCAUGCCACUGAGAGUGUUGCUGGCAAAGGAAGCACAGCCGGAGCGUUGGCUCAACGAGGUGGCGCCCAUGGAGCACCAUGAGCAGGCACGCCGCGAGAAUGCAGAUGUGUGGCAUGCGGAUCGGGUUAACAUAGCCCAAUAUUUGCGCGGUCCCUGCAAGCUGGCUGAACGUUUCAGCGAGGAGCUCAUCAUGCAAGUGGUGGGCGUGCUGGAAGUCAAUGCUUUCGAGGCACGCACCAGCCAAGGCUAUCCGUUGCGCUGCCUGUAUCCAUACACGGGAAUCCUAGCCCAUAAUUGUGUGCCCAACACGGCGCGAAGCAUUCAUCCCAGCGAGGGCUACAAGAUUCGCUUGCGCGCUAUGGUUGCUCUGGAAGCAGGCCAACAGCUGCAGCACAGCUAUACCUACACCUUGGACGGCACCGCCCAAAGGCAGGCGCAUCUGCGCGAGGGCAAAUACUUCUCAUGCAGCUGUGAACGCUGCUUGGAUGCCAGCGAACUGCAGACACACUUCUCCAGCAUGAAGUGUGGCCAGUGCACGGAGGGCUGGCUGCUGCCCAAGCACCCGACGGCUAUGAACAGCAGCUGGAACUGCCGCGCCUGCGACCACAGCACAAGCAGCGUGGAGGUACGGCAAAUUGUGGCCGCGCUGCAGGCCGAGGUAAAUGCUGUACAAGCUCUCGAUAUGGGUCCAAAGCGCCUGGAGGAAUCGGAACGUUUGCUGCGCAAAUACAAAUCGCUGCUGCAUCCAUCGCAUUACAUAGCCACCAGUUUGCGGCAGCUGCUCAUCGAGAUGUACGGCCGUGUGCAAGGCUAUGAGAUGGUCCAGCUGACAGAUCAGCUGCUGGAGCGAAAGGCGUCGCUGUGCCGCGAGGUGUUACGUGUGCUGAACAUCUUUGAGCCGGGCCUGAGUCGUGCGCGUGCUAUGAAUCUCUAUGAGCUGCAUGUGCCGCUGGUGCUGCUAGCUAAGAGCGGCUUCAUAGCCAGCAAACUGAGUGGUGGCGAGCUGCGUGCCCGUCUAGUGGAUGCCAUUGAUCUGCUCAAGGAGUGCGUAGAGAUACUGCAGCAUGAGGAUCAACGGUCACAGGAGGGCAUCCUGUGCGGUGUGGCCAAGCAGGCGCUCCAACAGCUCACAAUAAGCGUUGAGGGCUUGGGCAGCGAACUGGAUUAAGUGGAAACGAAAUCAAUUUGUACUUAUUCAUAUGUAUAUCAUUAAAUUUAUUGCAAACUAUACACAUAGUUGAGGAUACGCAUAUGUAUUGGCUUUGUGGCUUCUUGAGACCAUCGAGAGAGUUGCCUGUUCAAUAGAAACAAUUCGCUUAAUUCUCAAAUUGGAUUCUGUGUUUUUUACAUAAUUGCAUAUUAAGGCGUUCUUUAGAUUGGUUUCAGUUGAUUAUGCUGAAAUGGGACUAGCCAGUUUUAGGUCAAUUUCAAAUUUAGUGGAAAAUUUUAAAAAUUAAUAUAUUUUUGGAAAUUUGUUUUACAAAAAUUUGUAAAAUUUAUAAACGUAUAAAUGUUGCUGCACGACUCCUUUUUAUGUUACUAAUAUUAUUUAAAUAAGCAUUUUUCGAAAAGGCUAGUGUCAUGCCAGCAUAAAUCGAACUGUUAUUAAAAUAUGUUGAACUUGACCGAUAUGAAAUUAAGAGCAUAAACAAAAAUUACAAUAGUUAAAACAACAUAUUUAGCUUUGUUUACAAUCAAACUAAUUACGCCUUAUAAAUAAUACGAGCUAUUACCGCAUACACAAUUGCCUGGCAUUAAUGUUUAUGUUUUUGGUAUAUGAAUGUGUUUGCUCUUAAAUGCUUGAAUGUUAGUUUGUUAUCUGUUUGUUUUUGUUUUUUUACACACAUUUUUAUAUAGCUAAUUAUCUGAUCUACGUAUGUUUAUGAAAAAACUAGUUUCUUUUAAAAAAAUAUUUAGUUUCUGUUGAGUAUGUUUUGGCUCGCCUGGUGCAAUAAUUAAUUAUUAACUAAAGUGUUAAUUAAUUAUUGGAAUCUUUGCA